AUGUCAGAAACCCCAUUAAGUCCACUAAGCGAGGCAGGCAAAGAAGAAACAUACCGUGUUGAGGGUGUUGAUACCCCAAAUAGUACCUCUGGAGAUAGCGGACAUUUCGAAUUGCACGAUCGGUCUGGCAGCAAGGAUCCUCAAAGUCUCUGGAGAAGUUAUCUAGAGUUUGUACAGUUCAGCUUGGGAUUUUCCGCCAACCUUGGAACUAUAUGGCGUUUUCCAUAUGUGCUGUUGUCCAGCAGUGGAGGUGCCUUUCUGAUCGCCUACUUUGUAUGUCUCCUUCUUAUUGGAAUGCCGUUGUUCUUUUUGGAAUCGGUGAUUGGACAAACUUCUGGCCUUAGUGCCACCCGGGUGUUUACUAUGGUUCCCAUUUUUCAAGGUAUCGGGUUCUGCAUGAUGGCCUCGUGCUCUGUUAUUUCUAUUUACUAUAGUGUGAUAAUGACCUGGACAAUCUACUAUUUUGGGAUGUCGUUCCAAUGGUAUGUGCCGUGGAGCACUUGUGGAAAUUCGUGGAAUACGAAAGACUGUUGUGUCUACAACGAUAUUGAU